CGGCCAUCGGUAGUUGCGUGCCGUGGGAAAAACAUAACGGGAGCGGAGCAGCUGUUGCCUGCUAAUUGAAAAAUUAGACACAAGAACGCAAAAUUGUGAGUUUCGUGUGGAGUUUGGCCAAGUGAAAAGCGUUGGCGGGAGGCGACUACUCCACCACAACAAAUCCAGUAGUAGCUGCAAUACGACUCACCCGACUCCACAAAGUUAGUUUAGUGACACAAUUCGGUACGUGCGAUAGGGCGAGGGGCAACUCAAAAGUUCAAAAUCUCAAGUAUAUCAAGUAAUUCCGCAUCGUCGUGUUCCGCCCACCCAAAAUAAUGCACAUUGAGGAUGCCAAGUGACGAGAGAGUAGAAGCGACGAUGUCCACGGUGCGCCUGCCCAUUGUGGGCAUGACUUGCCAGUCGUGUGUGCGCAAUAUCACAGAGCACAUUGGCCAGAAAUCGGGAAUCCUUGGCGUGCGCGUCAUUCUCGAGGAGAAUGCGGGCUAUUUCGACUACGAUCCCCGACAGACGGAUCCCGCCCGGAUAGCCAGCGAUAUCGACGACAUGGGCUUCGAGUGCAGCUAUCCAGGGGAUGCAGCAGAUCCUCCCGAAACUCCCGCCAGCGCAUGGACCAACAUACGGGUGGUGGGCAUGACCUGCCAGUCGUGCGUGCGCAACAUCGAAGGCAAUAUCGGCACCAAGCCGGGCAUCCAUUCCAUUGAGGUGCAACUGGCGGCCAAGAAUGCCCGCGUUCAGUACGAUCCCGCCCAGUAUGAUCCCGCCCAGAUAGCCGAGCUCAUCGAUGACAUGGGUUUUGAGGCUAGUGUGCAGGAACCUCGAUCGCCAUCCCAAUCGCCGUCGCCCGCCCCCGCCUCAUCACCCAAAAAGAGGGCAACUCCUACUCCUCCACCUCCUUCAUAUGCUCAAAAUGGUUCGGCAGUGGCCAUACCCGUCGAACAGGAGCUACUGACCAAAUGCUUUCUGCACAUCCGAGGCAUGACGUGCGCCAGCUGUGUGGCCGCCAUCGAGAAGCACUGCAAGAAGAUCUACGGCCUGGACAGCAUCCUGGUAGCCCUGCUGGCCGCCAAGGCGGAGGUCAAGUUCAAUGCCAAUGUUGUGACGGCCGAGAAUAUAGCGAAAUCAAUCACGGAGCUGGGCUUCCCCACCGAACUCAUCGAUGAGCCGGACAACGGCGAGGCGGAGGUGGAGUUGGAGAUUAUGGGCAUGACUUGCGCCUCCUGCGUCAACAAGAUCGAGAGUCAUGUGCUUAAAAUAAGGGGCGUGACCACCGCCUCCGUCACACUGCUAACAAAGAGGGGCAAAUUCCGGUACAUCACGGAGGAGACGGGUCCCCGGAGCAUCUGCGAGGCGAUCGAGGCGCUGGGAUUCGAGGCCAAACUGAUGACCGGCCGAGACAAGAUGGCCCACAAUUAUCUGGAGCACAAGGAGGAGAUACGGAAGUGGCGCAAUGCCUUCCUCGUCUCGCUAAUUUUCGGUGGACCCUGCAUGGUGGCCAUGAUAUACUUCAUGCUGGAGAUGAGCGACAAGGGACAUGCCAACAUGUGCUGCCUCGUGCCCGGCCUGUCGAUGGAGAAUCUGGUGAUGUUCCUGCUAUCGACACCAGUGCAGUUCUUCGGUGGCUUUCACUUCUAUGUGCAAUCCUAUCGUGCGAUCAAACACGGCACCACGAACAUGGAUGUACUGAUCUCGAUGGUCACGACCAUCUCGUAUGUGUACUCAGUGGCCGUGGUGAUCGCCGCCGUGCUGCUAGAGCAGAAUAGCUCCCCACUGACCUUCUUCGAUACGCCGCCCAUGCUGUUGAUCUUCAUAUCGCUGGGUCGCUGGCUGGAGCACAUAGCCAAGGGAAAGACCUCGGAGGCCUUGUCCAAGCUGCUGUCGCUCAAGGCGGCCGAUGCCCUGCUGGUCGAGAUAUCACCGGACUUUGAUAUCAUCAGCGAGAAGGUGAUAUCUGUGGAUUAUGUACAGCGUGGCGAUAUCCUAAAGGUGAUACCGGGAGCCAAAGUUCCAGUGGACGGCAAAGUUCUGUACGGUCACUCCAGUUGCGAUGAAUCACUAAUCACCGGGGAGUCUAUGCCGGUGGCCAAGCGAAAGGGAUCCGUCGUAAUCGGCGGUUCCAUUAACCAAAACGGUGUGCUCCUCGUAGAGGCAACGCACACGGGUGAGAAUACGACGCUCGCGCAGAUUGUGCGAUUAGUGGAGGAGGCCCAGACGAGUAAGGCGCCCAUCCAGCAACUGGCCGAUCGGAUUGCCGGCUACUUUGUGCCCUUCGUUGUUGUAGUGUCCAGUAUAACGCUGAUUGCUUGGAUCAUCAUUGGUUUUUCCAAUCCAAACUUGGUGCCCGUGGCCAUGGAGCAUAAGAUGCACAUGGACCAGAAUACCAUCAUCGUUAGUUAUGCAUUUAAAUGUGCCUUGAGCGUGCUGGCCAUUGCGUGUCCAUGUGCUUUGGGCUUGGCCACGCCCACCGCUGUAAUGGUGGCCACUGGAACGGGUGCGAUCAAUGGCGUGCUGGUGAAAGGAGCCACUGCCCUAGAGAAUGCCCACAAGGUAAAGACUGUGGUCUUCGACAAGACCGGCACCAUAACCCAUGGCACUCCGAUGACCAGUAAGGUUACCCUCUUCGUCACAGCCCAGGUCUGCAGCCUGGCGCGUGCUCUGACGAUCGUGGGAGCCGCCGAGCAAAACAGCGAGCAUCCGAUCGCCUCCGCCAUUGUGCACUUCGCCAAGGAUAUGCUGAACGUGGGCGCCACACCUCAGGCCGGCAGCUUUGGCAAGAGCAGUCACUUCCAGGCCGUGCCCGGCUGUGGCAUCCGCGUCACCGUCUCCAAUUACGAGCAGACUCUGCGACAGGCGUGCAACGCCGAUCGGAUCAUUAACUACGAGAACCUGCAUCGCACUCAUCCACAGGGUUCGGUGCCGGUGGACAAUGGAGCCAGUAUCGAACACUUGCUGCCGCAGCGCAGCGUACGCAAGUCCAUGGAGCUGAACAAUCAGCAGUUGCUAUCCGACUUGGUAUUGGAACCGGAGGAAGAGCUCCUUACGGAUCAGAAAAUCAUCGAUUCACCCGAGAUUCUGGUGCUGAUCGGCAAUCGCGAAUGGAUGGAACGCAAUGCCAUCGAAGUGCCGCUGGAGAUUAGCGAUUGUAUGACGCAUGAAGAACGAAAGGGACACACAGCUGUGCUAUGCGCCCUCAACGGGCAGCUGGUGUGCAUGUUUGCGGUGUCCGACAUGGUCAAGCCAGAGGCCCAUCUUGCCGUCUAUACACUAAAGCGAAUGGGCAUCGAUGUGGUGCUGCUCACGGGGGAUAACAAGAACACGGCAGCCAGCAUUGCCCGAGAGGUUGGCAUCCGAACCGUGUACGCGGAGGUUUUGCCCUCGCAUAAAGUGGCCAAAAUCCAGCGGAUACAGGCCAACGGUAUACGCGUGGCCAUGGUGGGCGAUGGAGUCAACGACAGUCCGGCGCUAGCGCAGGCAGAUGUGGGAAUUACGAUUGCAGCGGGCACGGAUGUUGCCGCCGAGGCAUCGGACAUUGUCCUGAUGCGCAACGAUCUGCUGGAUGUGGUGGCUUGCCUGGACUUGUCCCGCUGCACGGUGCGUCGCAUUCGGUACAACUUCUUCUUUGCCAGCAUGUACAAUCUGCUGGGCAUACCGCUGGCCAGUGGCUUGUUCGCACCGUACGGCUUCACCCUGCUGCCAUGGAUGGCGUCCGUGGCCAUGGCCGCCAGCUCCGUGAGCGUGGUAUGCUCAUCGCUGCUGCUCAAGAUGUAUCGCAAGCCCACGGCGAAGACGUUGCGCACGGCAGAGUACGAGGCGCAGCUGGCGGCGGAACGCGCAAGUGGGUCCGAAGACGAGCUGGACAAGCUGUCCCUCCAUCGUGGCCUUGACGAUUUGCCCGAAAAGGGUAGGAUGCCAUUCAAGCGGUCCAGCACAUCACUGAUUUCGCGCAUUUUCAUGCACGACUACGGGAACAUCACUUCGCCGGAUGCCAAAUACGGGGAGGGACUGCUGGAUCCCGAGGAGCAGUAUGAUGGCCGCACCAAGAUCGUGAGGAGUCGCUUCCAUGCCAAUGACAGCACCGAACUGCAAAAGCUGUGAGCUAAACGAUGGCAACUAGCAAGCUACUAGCAACCACAAUCAAACCGAAGACCUUAAAACGACAAAUUUUCAGUGAAAUUGUUAGCGGACUAUAAAUUGAACCAGUAAGAGAGCGAAUUAUAAAAACCUAUGUACAUAUUUGCAAAUUGUUUUGACAAAGGUUGAGCACUAGGAUACUAGGGUUAUCUUUGAUCUACGUGCAGUCUAAUAUGAGUUUGUGUGACUCACAUGUGGGAAAAGAUAUAGGUAUCUUAAGAAAAUAUUCUCGGUAUGUAAAUAUAUAUAGCAUAAUCACGAAGUCAUUCACUUUCAUUUUAAGUAUGGUUUUUUGAACUACUGAGGUGCCUUUUUAUGUUAAAGCCACUACAUACUUGUCUUUUCUUACAAACGUUGUAUUGGAGAUUGUAGAAAACAAAGAUGACAUUUCGUUACCACUGAUUCUAGAGAUCUUUUGUUCCAAAAUCAAUUUGUGACCGGUUUUCCAUUUCUUAGUGCCGCACCCACACCGUCCCCCUUUUCUAUACAAUUGUUAUUUUCCUAUCUUUUUUAUUUUAUUAAGAAACCUACAACAACAAAAGUUCGAUACGAUAGCUUCUUCUUUUCCACUUGAUUAUAUUAUUAUUAUUAUUGUAUACAAAUCUUUUUUUUUUUUGUUAUAAUCGUAAGUGCAAUAUUUUUAUUAUUAAGUUCAAAUGAACAAAGGCAAAGGAGUCCACAGACCAGGAGAUAAAACCCAGACAUUAAUCAUCAUUGAACUAUUGUUACUCAUUGUUAAUUCACAUUAUCAUAUAUAUGCACAUAUGCAAAAGGUAAAAUAAAUCAAAAGACGAAAAUCGAACAAAAAGACCAUUUGACCCCAUAUCGGCAUUAAUCCUUAAUUGUGCUAUUCGCGGACGACGAACACUUGUAAGACAAUUGGGCACAAGCAUAAGGCAAAUUGAAACGCAAAAGAACGAUUAACAUUCUUUAUGUGUAACUUUAUUGUUUAUAAACAAAAAGCACUGAUGUGUUGUACAUAUAGUAUGAAUAAAACGAUAGAUGCGGAAAGAAGAAUCCCCAUAC